GAUGUCGCCAAGCAGCCAAGACGCUUAAGCUUUAAUGUAAAGGUUCAAUCUUGACUCUUUUUCCUUAAGGCUCUCAUCGCCUUCUUCAUCUCAUCUCGGUGUAAAAAUAAAAAUAAAAAAGAUCAAGGAAAGGAAAUAGGCUUUUCCCAGAUUUACUAUCGUAUUUUCCCUUCGUCGCGAAGUUGUGAAAACGAAAAUAAUUCCCAUUCUACACAAAUCAUGGCGAUCCUCUAUUUUUGCGCAUAACUAAAGCAUGCUGCACUGACAUUGACACAGACACUAAACACUGAUAUACAGUACUGACAUCACCAUGAUCUAACCUUGGAAGUCAUGUGCUCUCUUGUUAUUCAGUGCUUUAAGGGUACCUAGCUCGGCAUAGUAGCGGAAAGCAAAUACAAGCACGCGCGUGUGUGUGGUGGUGAGCGCUUUGGGAUUUAUCGAAUUGUCUAAGAUGGCGCCGCCGCCUCAGAAGCAGAAAUUCGUUGUCUUAGCCGCCUGUGUUCUUGGCCUUAGUACCACUUUCGUCUGGUCUCGAUAUUAUAAGAGCGCAGCUUUUGAGCGACCAUUUCACUUCUCUAUUCUGACUUUCCUCUUCUCGGGAUUUACCCUCUCCGCCUAUGCUAGAUAUAUACUCCGUACCGAGUCAAGCUAUGCGCCAUUAUCCAAUGGUGAUUCGCCAACAAAAUCCUUCUUCUCUGGCAUACUGAAAUCUCCAUUGCGACUUCGAUCAUUAUCGCCCUCAUUUGCGCUAUUACUUUUCUGCAUAAUCGCUCGCACUGUCUUGUAUUGGAGGACUAUUCGUACAAUCCACUGCUCGUGGGAUGGACUUCAGGCUUUCCUUCCGUUUCUUCUUAUCGUCCAUGAUAUCCUCGACCUACGACCUAUAUAUCUACCGAGACACGGACAUGACGCACAAGAACGAUCCGCCGCGGCUUCUUCAGCCUUUAUGAAAUAUGCUUUGGUCGCGUUACUUUGGGGAUUGGCCGCCACCGACACCCUCCUCCUCUCCGAGCGUACGACCGGCGCCAUAUGUCCCGCCAGCCCCCAUAUCGAACGUUUUGUCCCUCUAGCUCAGCUGUUGACGUUAGCCUUAGACGCGGUCUUCAUAUCCCAGGCUGGAAAGCUGCGGCAAGUUAGCGAGGGACAAUCGAAGACGUGGCAUUAUCUGGGUACACUGUUUCUGACGUCAGCAGCUGUAUUGACCUUCCUAGCUGUGUGGUCUUCCAUCGACCGAGCUAACUUCCAAUGGAACGUCUUGCUUACUUGGCUUGCUGUUGGGGACUUAAUUGCUGAUAGUAUAGCUGUGACCAUAGGCAUAGUCUCGGCCGUUUACCUGCUUGGCUAUUUGCAUGCUACGUUGGUGAAUUUGUUACUCACCGUGGCGAGUAUAUUCGUCUACCUACAAUGGAGAAUCGCGGAUGGGACUAUGAUCAGGGUAUGGUCUACCUGGUGGGGUCUUGUGACUGGCAUCUGGCUGUUUGUCGGAGCCGGUCUGUUAUUCCAUUUUGGGAAGACUGCCACGACUCAACUACCGUCAUCCAGCGAGGGUGUCAUUUUUAGGAAUCGCUAUGCUUUUUAUGGCUUGAUAGGCUUUCUUUUAAUCUUCACCCAAACUGUUUUCAUGAGUCCCGGAGGAUUCCAGCCAACGCCUGCUCUAACCAUUGUAAACGCCAGAGGCGAGUCGGAUACCUGGAUAGCUAAGGCAAAGAAGAGCAAAUCGCUCCAAGCAGCGACUUCUGAAUAUAGAGAGCGAUAUGGAAUACCGCCGCCUCCUAACUUUGAUAAGUGGUAUAAUUUCGCAGUCUCGGUAAACUCCCCAAUCAUCGAUACAUUCGACCAGAUUCAUGCGGACCUUCUUCCGUAUUGGGGUACCUUACCAGCUGUGCUACGCCAGAGAACGACUCAUCUUCUCGAGCAUCCAUCACUCUCCAUGGGUGGCAUCCUUAUUGAGGAUGGGAAGAUCGAUAUAUCUCCUCACAUUCACGGUACUCAUAGGUGGAUGAUGGAUGUCACCAAAGAGAUGAUUGAGCCCUUUGGGCAAUGGCUACCCGAUAUGCAGCUAGCCUUCAAUCUCGAUGACGAAUGCCGUAUCUCGGUUCCACUCGACCGCAUGCAAGCGUACACAGAAGAAGGACUGAAGGCAAGGGCAAGGCUAGGCGUAAAAGAAACAUUGCUCCCAUUUAGCAAAGCUCAAGAACCGCCGUGGGUAAAGGACUUUCUAGGUGCUGACGAGAGCAUAUGGGAUCAUAAAUCACCUUGGUUCCUGGAAAGAUUCAAGCGCCAGAUUUUCUAUGAAUGGAUCUCGCCAACUUGCCCUGCCGAUUCUCCGGUGAAUAAAUACCGUUGGUGGAAUAGGAAAGCAGAGUGCUUGGGUUGUUCUGCUCCACACAUGACAAACGGUUACGUAUCUAAUUGGACACUAUCUGGUGACUUGUGUCACCAACCAGACCUCGCGUACCUGCAUGGCGUUUUGCUGUCGCCAUCCGCUAUGACACCUUCGCAUACGCUAUUUCCCGUCUUCAGCCAAAGUCGGCUGUACAAUUUCGCCGAUAUACUAUAUCCAAGCCCGUGGAACUUUGGCGAGAAAGUGGAGAUUGAGAAUAAUAAGAGCAUACCAUGGGACGAGAAGCUGAAUAGCGUGUAUUGGCGGGGUGCCUCGUCCGAUGGUUUCGCUGUUCAUGGUGCCUGGCAGACAUUUCUCCGGGCUAGAUUCGUACACAUGGCUGCUAACGCAAAGAUGUCCAUCAAAGCGAAAUCAUUAUUCAAUUUCAUCCCUUCUCGAAGAGAUAUUCUUUCUUCAUUACGCUCUGCGACAUCUACACCCCCAGACAAUCCGCCACCUGUGGAUAAUCGCGUGUCUGUAAACGUUUCAUUCGUCGGCAAUUUCAAUCGCUGCGAUGACCGCGACUGCGCGGCUGAACAUAUUACCUUUUACGGUUCACCUGCGGCCGAACCUCCGCCCUCUCUUGACUUCCAAGAACAUUGGCGUCAUCGCCAUCUUAUCGAUCUCGACGGCGCUGCUUUCAGCGGUCGUUUCCUACCCUUCCUCAAAUCCGCAUCUUUGCCAUAUCGUGCGGCCCUCUUCCGUACCUGGUGGGAAGAACGCGUCCAUGCCUGGAGACACUUCGUCCCACUCGAUGUGCGGCUAAGCGACCUUUGGGGUGCUGUAGGUUAUCUGGGCGGACCAGGCCUAGCCGAGGCGGAUGAGAUCGCGCAGGCGGGUCGCGAGUGGGCGUUCCAAUCUCUCCGUAAGGAGGACAUGCAAGUGUACAUGUUUAGAUUAUUGCUUGAGUGGGGGCGUCUCGUAGAUGACCGUAGGGAAGAUCUUGGAUUCGCGCUGUGAUGAACUAACGGGCGUAAUGAAAGAUAGAGACCAUAGGGUUGGCUAUACGUGUGAUACGAUUUGCAUAUAUGGGAUGGAUGGAUCGGCGGAUGAAUGGAACGGUCUGGUUUCUUGGUGUUCGCUUUUUCGUUGGUUGGAUGAUUGAAUUUUACACUUGAUACCACUAUGAAGGAGCGCAUGGGGUAGAAAUAUAAGAAUAUACUUAAUACCACAUGCAAACAUUUACGACA